AUGGAAGUGAAUGGUGAACCAGAUAUAGCUGGUAUUUUCAGCGCGGCUUUAAUGCCAUUGAAAGAUAUGAAAGAUGCAGAUAUUUUGAACCAGUAUGAAAUGAACAUGGCUGAUGGAAAUAUAACACCUGACGUUCUAGAACAUUUAUCUCAAAGAACUACACAGAACCAUAGAGAUGGUAUAUUUGGUGAAGAGUUUAGAAAGAAAGUUAGGGAGAGAGAAGGAAGAGAACCUAUUGUACAUGACCUUGCAAACGAAAGUUUGCAAAAUGUCAUAAAAACUUACUUUGCAGACAAUGAACCGAGAAUGGAUGAAUAUUUAAGAAAACUCAAAUGGACAGUACCAAAUGAAAUGUUAGUAUUGAAAAACAUGUUCGUUGACAAAAUAAAACCAACUACAGAAAUAAAUGACGCAAGACUGAAACAUUGGGUAAAAGCUUUCCCAUUCACAAAAGAUAUUAUUGGUAACAUGGAAAGAAAACCAGAAUGGCUACAAAAACAUAUAUUUGGAAACGAGCUUAUUCCAUAUGGACAAGCUCUGUUUGAAGAGCUUGAACCGGAAACUCAGGAAAGAGUCAUGCAAACAAUACGCGAAGACUCAAAUACAAACUAUGACAAAAUCUUUCUAGGAUAUAGGUUACCUGAGAUGGGCGACCAGAGCCCAAAGGCAAAAAGGACAUGGGAAAUUUACAACAUACUAGGUGAACAUGAGGCAAAGAUGCAACGACUUGAAGCAGAGGGCAAGUUACCAAAAGCGACACCAAAGAAGAAGAGUAGAACAAAGUGA